CGGGCUUCUCUCGACAUUUCCUCAUCUCAUACUACACCAAAGCCCUGAUAGUAUCAACUGAUAUUUAGAUCUCAUAACUCAGAUUAAAAGAAUUGUCAAGGCUUGCUUCAUCUUAUCCGUCACAAUGUCUGGCAAGGUCAAGCUCAGUCCCACGAAAUUCACACAGGCGGUCGUGCGCUCUUUCAUGGCAGACUCGGGUCUUGAGCCUCGUCUUCUAGGGAAACAUUUCCGCGUCACCAGUGCCACAGAAGGCAAAGUUGACUUUGAGCUUGACAUCCAAAAAGAGCACACCAACCGUCUCCAGACAAUUCACGGUGGCACACUUGCUAGUCUCGUCGACCUCGGUGGUUCUCUCGCCGUCGCCUCAUCAGGCCGCUUCGCAACAGGCGUGUCAACCGAUCUGAACGUGACAUAUCUGAGCCCCGGAGGCCGCCCGGGAGAUGUUCUCAAGGGUACGGCCACACUCGACAAGAUUGGCAAGACACUUGCUUUUACGCAGGUGACGUUCACUAAUAGCAAGGGACAAUUGGCUGCGCGAGGAAGCCAUACAAAAUACGUCACGGGUACUAUGGGUGAAGAUGGCCCGUUCGUUGCUCCAGCUGAGUUCUCAGACGUGGACUAGAUGACAUCGCAAGGUUUAGGCAUUCUGUUGAUGCGGUAGAUUUGAGAUUUACUAAAUAUCAUAAAGUAUAGAAGGGUGGUAUCAUAUCUGUAGAAGUUGUCCAAAUUCAAUCACGCCCAUUACCUGUCAUAAAACGAUUCAUCAUCUG